AGGAAGGUGUGCCCAAGUUAGUUAGUUACAGUAGAUUCCUGGGUAUCCUACUCGGGAUCACACCGUAAUAACGUUGCGUCGCCCCGCUUGAAAAUCUUUGCUCUGCUACACUGGUGGUUGCAUUCCUGCCUACAAAUUCCUCCUCGCACUUCCCCACUUCCAUUCCUCCCACUUCUCGUUUUUAGCGUCUCAGUUCGUUAGUUCGUGAGUUCGUGAGUGGACGUGUCGUUGCAUUGCAUUGCAUUGCGUUGCCCAGGUGGUAGCUAGUCUUGCUUUGAAGAGUAGAGCGCAGCUGGGUGAAGAUCGUCGACGAUACCUGGUUGUGGUGAUUGCUGGGUGAGAGUUUAGUGUGGUUGAAUUGGUGGGAGUGGGGGUUCAAGAGGACCAAUGCAGGGAGAGGCUGUUCACGGCAUUUCCUUGCCGUCGUGCACUGCUGUUAUUGACAUUGGGGCCGUGACGACGCGGUUACAGCGGAGUGUGAGCUUUGUGGAGUUGCGUGUUGGUGGGCUGGCGUCUGUUUCGAGUCUGCACGCUUCUGGGGAGCUUGUUGGGAAGGGGAAGAGUGACUGGGGCAAUGAGGGGAGGAGCUUCAGCUUUGGAAGCAGGUCGAGUCGUCCCGCGCACUCGAUGGUGGAGAUCGUUGGCGAGGCUUUGACGGAGGCCUCAUUGCCUGCCCAGGCCUGUAGAAACCAGGACUUGGCACUGGACAUUGGCUUUAAUGGGAUCCCUGAGGCCAUUGCAUCCGUCAUCUUCGAUGAAAAAUUAGAUGAGACCAGCUCGUCUCUGGUGAUAGUCGGGCACCGCGGUUGCGGCAAGAACAAAACUUUGCCUCACGGUGCCAUUCCCGAAGCUCGUCUCUCAAUUAGAGAGAACACCAUCAUGUCGUUCAAUUUGGCCGCCCGAAACGGUGCCCAGUUCGUCGAGUUCGACGUCCAGGUGACCAAAGAUGGUGUCCCAAUCAUCUUCCACGAUGAUGAGAUCAUCGCCGACAGCAAGCCUCCCAGACACAUCGGCGACAUUUCGGUUGCAGAAUUCCGCGCCAUGGGACCCCAAAAGGGUUCCACCAUGGGCAAACCUCUCUACCGCAAAGCUUCCGACGGCUCAACUACUCUCUGGACGGCCGACGUAGAAGACCAAAUGUGCACUCUCGAGGAUGCGUUCGCCCAAGUGAACCCCACAGUCGGAUUCAAUAUUGAGAUGAAGUUUGAUGACAGUGGUCUGACUUCCGAAGCGGAGCUUCUUCGAGUGAUCGACGCCGUCUUGGCCGAUGUGCGCCAGCACGCUAAUGGGAGAAUGAUAUACUUCUCCACCUUUCACCCCGACGCUGCUCAGAUGAUCCGGAAAAAGAUGCCGCUCUACCCAGUAUUCUUCCUCACUGAUGGUGGCAGUCAUGUGUAUAACGAUCCUAGGCGCAACUCAAUUCAAGCAGCCAUUGAAGUGUGCCGCGAGGGGAACUUGCAAGGAAUUGUGAGUGAAGUGAAGGCUGUAUUGCACCAGCCGGCGUUGGUCGCGCUUGUGAAAGCAUCAGGAUUGUUCUUCUUCACCUACGGCGAACUGAAUAACGUUGGGGAAGCGGUAAUCAAGCAGCGAGAGUGGGGCAUUGAUGGAGUUAUCGUCGAUCAUGUUCUAGAGAUUGUGCGCGUUGCGCGGCAAUUGGAGGAGCCUGCUUCAUCCUCGAAUGCUGCAAUGGCCAGGAGUGUUGUCGUUGUGUGAGCAACGGAUGACACGCUUCUAAAUUAUUGAGAAUCAAUAACUCGGCUCUGCCUGAGUAGAGAUGUACAUUAGCCAAUUCUUUUGACGAUGAAUAAUUCAUUUUAUAAUCCUCAUUCUAGAA